AUGUGGCUGGAAAACAUGAGUACCGACAUGCAGGAACGGGUCUCGGCUCAAGCGGACAAGCCGGCCGCGCAUACUGCAUCUCUCAUCCCUAAUGAUAAGACCACUGCUCUUCUUUUGAGCAAAAAAGUCACGCAGCUUAUCACAAAGGAUGAUCAAGAAUAUACGGUGGCAAUUCGCGACCGAGACAUUGCAUUGGCAUCUACGGAGGAAUCCAUGACAGUAUGUGGAGUGGCUCGCAUGGUUGAUAGUGCUAGGGGUGAACCCACUGCUUUCAACGCGUCUUCGGCCUUGGAUGUAUCUGCGGAGAUUGAAAAAGCAAUUGCAGACUUUGAUCAAAAAGCCAUCUCAGGGCCACUGCCAGCUCUCCAGUUGCCUAGUCGGCAACAUCCUGAGACAAUCUUGUUGACUGGCGCCACUGGGUUCCUGGGAAGUCAAAUCCUCAGGCAACUUUUGGAACUCUCUCAUGUAAAACGAGUCGUUACCCUUGUGCGCGCACUAGAUCACGGCCAAGCCACUGCUAGGCCAGGGUCAGCCUUUUCUAUCGAUGCUGUUGUCCACAAUGGCGCCACUGUGCAUUGGGGAUACGACUACCAGGGACUUGAAUCGGCCAAUGUCACAAGCACCGUAUCUCUCCUGGCCUCUCUCACUCGGUCGCCGAAACCACCACGUUUCACAUUCAUUUCAGGUGGUCAGGUGUUUUUGGGAGACGAAGAGAACCACAGUGAAGUGGUGGCGUUUGCUCGGGGGAUGAAGACAGCCGGUGAAUACGCCCAAACCAAGUACGUGGCCGAUCAGGUCGUCAAGGAGUUUGCUCGGAGAUACAACACAUCAAUUACAACUAUUGUAAAACCGGGGUUGAUUGUCGGAACCAAGGAUCUCGGUGUAUCAAACACCGAUGAUUUCUUGUGGCGAGUGGUGGCAAGUGUUAUCGAAAUUGAUUCCUUCAACAGCACAGGACUAGACGGCCUCAUCCUGGUUUCUGGUUCUCAUCGGGUUGCUACCGCUAUUUUGGCAGAUACUCUUCGACCCCGGCCACAUGGAAAUAACGUUGAGACGACCAUUCGAUACGGAAUCACUGUCGAAGAAUUGUGGAACAUGUUGCGCGAUGACUUUGGCUACCAGCUAGAAGCUGUUGAUAGCACAGAAUGGCUGGCCCGGUUAAGAACCCAAGUGGAAUUGAACGGCGAGAAUCAUCCUCUGUGGCCAGUUUUCCAUCUGCUGGAAGCUACUGGUGGGCGCUUAGGCGUCCCUAUGCCUGGCCAUUUGCGGCAGGGUGAGCAUGAUGGCGAGGUGAAGGCUUCUCUUAGGAAGAGUAUUGCCUACUUGAGGGGAAUUGGGUACCUGCCAAGUGACAAUACUGCCGAUGGUUCCUUUGUGCAAAAAGACCUGGUCUUCGCUCGUGGAAGGACCCGUCCAUAA